AUGAAGAAUGCGAUUAGUAAAAUAUAAGAGGAAAUGGAAAAAUUGUAAAAACUUAUCAAAAUUAAAUUUGUUUAAGUAGCUAUGGAGGCUAAGAUAGUAUCCUCGCUUUAAUAUUUACACCCAUUUGGUAAUACUUCAUUUAAAUUUCAAGGGCUUUGUCAUCAAUAUUAUUAUCUUUGA